AGUGUAUGAUCUCCUCCCCAAAGAGUUGCAGUUGCCCCCUUGUAUUGAGCAGAAAAUUGCAGCAAUGAGUCAGAAAAGUGGAGGAGGGACAAGUUCCCCCCCAACAACCCUCACUUCAGGUAAAGUUCCCCAAUCUUUUUUUGUUUUGUUUUUUUUCUUCCUUCCUUUCCAUUUUAGUACCAUGAUAUCACUGAGCGUAUGGAGCUUAGAAGCUGAUAAAAGUAUUCGAAUAUGAUACGUUUUUUUUGUAUGUAUUUGAAUUAUAUACACAUCACAUUAAAUAAAAAUUCCACCCCCUGCGGUGUAUUUGAUAAAUUUACGUUUUUAUCCACAUUUUUUUUCCCCCUUUGGUUUUGAAUUUGCUAGGGGUAAGAUUACAGAUUUUACAAAUUCAGAACCCGAAAUACAAAUCCCCUCAAAAAUGUCUAAUCUCAAUAAACACAGAUUUUAUAGAAAUUAGGUCAAAAGUGAGUCAUCCUGGAUUCCCAGGAGAACGUAAACGCUUUCGGAGUGCCGUGAAGAGAAACGGGGGGGGGAUGAGGUAAGUGCAUAUAAAGCUUUCUAUUCAAAUAGCCAGUUUACGACAGUGAUGUUAAUCACUCGAUGCUUACUGUAUACCCGGUUUAAAUUUUUAGGUAAAGUUCUAGCUAGUUAGGCUACAGUAAUGUUCGCUUACUGGCAGUCUUUAGCAGCUAACAGUCAUGGAAGACUACAGCAUUAUAUAGAGUUCAGCUUUCUACCUCAUUCCACCCAUCAGCUCAUUCCCGAGACCUUCCUGGGCUGAAUUUGGUGAGUUAGAAGAGGCUAGAAACCCAAAUCUCCUGUAGGGUUGUGCGAAGUGAAUUUGGCACCCCUCAGCCGUAUAAAGUGUUAUACGAUACAUAUACAAGAACUGCAACUCAAUCCCACUCAGUGUGUUAUAAUUUAAUGAAGAAAAGGCACUAGAUGCUCAUGAGAGUCUGAUAGACGCUCUGUGUAUAAGCAUUCCCAGUGCCAAAACAGCUAGCUGUCAGCUGCUAACAUUAGCAUAGCCUGGCUAGAAUGUUACCUAAAUAGAUAAAUAAAUAGCAUCAAGUAUUUCUUAAUUUCUUUGUAGUAAAUUAGCUAUUUGAGUAGAACAUAAAAGUUUUAGAUGCAGUUACCUCAUACCUCAUCUUAUGGUUUUGUUGUUUUUUGUUUGUUUGUUUGUUUUUUGUCUUUCUUUUCACUUCGCGAUCACGGCAUAGGUUCGAUCCUUUGAAUCUCAAAGCGCCGAUGAGACGCCGUUGACCUAACCGAUAUCAAAUCUGUAUUUUUGAGGUUUGAAUUUUUCACCCCUAGAAAAAUGUCAAUUUAUUAAAUACACCACAUGGAGGGAAAAUUAAUUUAUAACUCAAAUAUAGGAAAACUCAUACUCAAAUACUCUUUUCAGUUACCAGGUUCUAUAUGAGCAGCGCUAGAAAUGGAUCUGACCCAUUAUCCACCUUUUAGGCUGCCUACAAGACAACUAAAUCUACAGCUAACAUCUGUAAUAACUAACACUAGGUUAGAAGGUUAGCACCAUGUUCCUGGGUUUUGUAUUUAAACAUUAGAGGUUGCUCUAAAGACUGGAGGUUUAUUGUCCUAAUCUUUCACCGGAUUUAUUUUAUAUUAAAAACCAAAAAAAAAAUAAAAAAAUGAAAACACGCAGCCACACCAGUCCUUCGUGGAUAAGACUGAAGACCCCUGUCAUAAGUGGUCAUGAAAGGGGUUGUUAAUUUGUUUUUAUUGUUCUUAAUAUUACAUCUUUUCAGAGUGGCUUCUCCAGAGUCAGCUAAUAAGUAAGCCAAGUGUUUGGUGUAAUUGUAUAGUGCCUUUUUUUUCCAUUUUUUAUUUUUUUUUUAGGUCUGACUCAUGGAAUCAGGAAAUACUUUGUCGUCUUAAGUGAAGUAUACGCAUAGAUAACUGAAAACACUUGAUCUAAAAAUAAUAAUAAUAAUAAUUUUUACCUGAACAGUAAAAACAACUGUUUAAACUUUAUAAAUACACAGCUACAUAUUUUAAAAGCUAUAAUAAUAUAAUAUAAUUAAUAUAGUUAAUAUAAUUAUACUCCUCCUUUUGAAUUCUUGGUAAGGAGUUCAAGGGAGGUUUUCUCUCUGGGUAAAUGUCAAGAUUCAUAGACAGCAAGUUGGAUAAAAAAAUAAAUAAAUAAAUAAACAGGGAAAAAAAAAAAAACCUUAAACACAGGAAGUCAUACAAACCUAUCCAUUUUUAAAUGUCUGUCAGAAAUUUGAACAAUACCUGCAAUGUUACUGAGGACCAGUUCAGUACUGCUCACAAGAUUCAGCAACCAAACACACUGAGAUAUAUAGAUGUGUAUAUAUACCUUUGCCUGUACUUAAUUAAUAAUAAUUGCACAUUAUGUUUUGGUUUGGCCAAUUUUUUAAUAUUAGUGCAGUCACCAAGUGCAUGACUGGAGAGAGGGGAAAAAAAGACCUCCAGGAACUUUAAAAUAAAAUGAAAAACAGAAAGAAAACAUGUUUUGUUCUGGGUUUUUUUUAUUUUUAUUUUUUUAAUUUUUUUUUUUAGCAGGAAUACUCCUCAUUAGACUUAUCCCAGGAUAAUAAAUACACUCAGACAUGAACAUUUAAAAUGAGAUUCACCUUAGUUUUUUUUUUUACUCUACUCCUUUAUCAAAGUACCUAGGUUUAAGGUGAGUUUGAGUAAACCAGAAGUCUGUUGCCUUUGGACAUCAGUACCCAACUGCAGCCAUGAGGCAGGACAUGCUGGCUGUAGCUGAAGGAAGGAAUUUCCCUCUGAAGCAGGGAGUGUCUGCAUAUAAAAUGGUCUGCAGUUCUCUGCUUCAUAGGUCAGAAGCUGGUUUAUUUUGUUUCUGUGGCUAUGCUCAGUCCCAACAAAAAAAAAAGAAAAGAAAAAAAAAAAGAAAGAAAGAAAGAAAGAAAAACCUCAAUCUGACAAAAGAACCCACCAUUUGUAAUGCAUCAUUUGACACGAUAUGUCUAAUUUGGCCUGAGUGACUGUGGUUUGCAGUUUGCAGAUUUAUGAACUCCUAUAGAUCACUUUUUUCCCAUCUAUAUAAGAACUUCCUGUAGUAAUACUAAGUGCAGAGGUAAUUAUUAGGUUAUAUCUAAAGAUCUAUAUAGGCCAUAUGCUCUACUGUUAAAAGCAGAACAGUAUUAUGAAAGCUGUUCAUUGGCACAAGCUAUGUAAAGACAAUGUGAUGUCUCCUUGUUUUUUUUUUUUGUUUGUUUGUUUGUUUGUUUGUUUGUUUGUUUUUAUACGUGUGCCAGUUUAAGAAUGAGCUUAACAUGUACCAUUUAUUUAGCUUGCAUUUCAGAGAAAAUUGCACCGUAAUAUUAGCUCACAAUCUUAUUUUCUUCUUUUCACAACACUUUUUUAGUAUUUUAUGGCCAUUUACAAUCCUCACACACACUAUGAUGCAUUAAUAAAAACUGGAGAGGAAAAAAAAUAAAAAUAAAAAAAUAAAUUGUAAUUGGAGAUCCAAACCACAAAUCUCAAGCAGUUGUAUGGAAAAUUUCGCUGCUUAGCUGGGACUGCUAGCCAAAAUAGACAAGAAAUCUUUAUUCACUGUCUAAUUGUACACACUGCAGAUGCCUCCUCCAUCACCUCUGCUAUGACCAAGGGAAGUGCCAGCAGUGCUUUUUCCACCUCUUCCAGCUUCACUGUGCUCUCCUUGGGCACAGAGCAGGAUGCCGGCACUCCAGGAGACGCGAGUAGCCGUAGGAAGGCAGAUAUGCUCGCCACGGAAGCCAAACUAACCAGGGGUUGUGGAGAUAAGGGCGGAGGAGGCUCUCAGCAUCAGCACCACCAUCAGAUGACGCCUUCCAAACGACCAGUGCUGAACAUCUCGCCCCCACCGGAGGACCUGUUUGACAACAGCCACAUGUCGGGAUGCCAGGACGAAGUGCUGCUUGAUUCGGAGCAGAGCAACAGCAUCUGGAUGGAAAACUCGCUCUCCAACUUCAGCAUGAUGAGCUCCAGUUCUUACAACGACAACACGGAGGUUCCACGCAAGGCCCGGAAACGCACGCCACGUCAGAAGCCAGGGCCAAAGCCGGUGUCUGCUGAAGAGGCCAGCAUGGACGUGUUUGACGCAGACAGUGCCAAAGGUCCACACUUUGUGCUCUCCAAAUUUAGCUCGGAAAACAAGGCCGGUGGCAAAGCAAGUUCGGAUGGAAACCAGGCAUCGGGUCAGAAAGGUGGGAUAUUGUGUGGGCAGUACCCACAGAAAAGCGAAGGAAAGGAGCUGAAGAUCCUCAUCCAGCCUGAGAGUCAGCACAGAGCCCGAUAUUUGACCGAGGGCAGCCGGGGUUCUGUAAAAGACCGCACCCAGCAAGGCUUCCCUACUGUCAAGCUCGAGGGUGUGAAGGAGCCCGUCGUCCUGCAGGUGUUUGUAAGUAAUGACGCAGGUCGCGUGAAGCCUCACGGAUUCUAUCAGGCCUGUCGAGUGACCGGUCGAAACACCACCGCCUGUAGAGAAGUGGACAUCGAGGGCACCACGGUCAUCGAAGUGCCUCUGGACCCCAGCAAUAACAUGACUCUCGCCGUGGACUGCGUGGGCAUCCUGAAACUGAGGAAUGCAGAUGUGGAGGCUCGUAUCGGCGUGGCCGGAUCCAAGAAGAAAAGCACGCGUGCCAGACUGGUGUUCCGAGUGAACAUCCCUCGAGCAGACGGCUCUGUGCUCACUCUGCAAGCACCGUCCUCUCCGAUACUGUGCACUCAACCGGCAGGAAUACCCGAGAUCCUGAAAAAGAGUCUGCACAGCUGCUCGGUACGAGGAGGUGAGGAGGUGUUUAUCAUCGGAAAGAACUUUCUGAAGGGAACCAAAGUGAUAUUUCAAGAGAACGUCUCCGAUGAAAAGUCCUGGAGGGCAGAAGCUGAGAUCGACAUGGAGCUUUUCCAUCAGAAUCAUCUUAUUGUCAAAGUCCCUCCAUAUCAAAAUCUUGCCAUUACCUCGCCCGUGUCUGUUGGGAUCUAUGUGGUGACUAAUGCUGGACGUUGCCACGAUGUGCAACCGUUUACGUACACUCCAGAGCCAGUUAUGGAUGUAUCUGUGAAGAAAGAGACUGGGCCUCCAGGCAAACCCUGUUCUUUGGAACAGAUAAAAGUAAUGGAAAGUGCCUUGCUCGUCCCUAUCUCGCCUCUCGUCAAAACAGAAGAGGUGACUCCGAUGGAGGUCUCCAGCAACUCGGCAUCCUUUAAGACCUCUGAUCUCAUGAACUCCACUCAACAGACCCUAGAAAUGAGCCACAUUUCCACCAACAGUCCCACGUUCGCAAACUCUGUAGCCUGUCAACCGGAAGAACAAGAGCAGUCUCAGAAUUCUGUUUUCUCCAACAAGGAAACAUUAAACAACAUUCAGAAACAAGACACCACCCAAAACAACUCCUUCCACGUGUCUGGGAAAUCUCUGCUCCAGCAAGGGGCCCAGCAGUUCCUCUUAGACAGUGACGGUCUAGCCCAGGAAAGGUCAGGGACCACAGCGGGUACGUUGGUGGGGAUUGCCCAGAUGGACGACAGCCCGCAGCACCAACUCUCUCUCCUGCCGCCGGAUGAGGUGGCGCAGCUCGAGCAGGCGGUGCGCCAGCUGCAAGCCAAGGGGUACUGCAACAUCCAGCUUCAUUCAGAAGAUUCGCUAGCCAAGAAGCAGCAGCAGCAGCACCAACUUCAACAGAAGCAAAUCCAGCAACAUUUGCACCAGCACCAGAUGCAGCAGCAGCAGCAGCAACAAGUCCUGGAGAACCUGCAACAUCAUCUUUUCCAUCCCCAGGUUCCAAUGCAGUGCAGUCAAGAGCAGCAGGGAUCUUCACAGGGCAUGGUGGAAAACAGUAAUACACUCUUCCAGCAACCCCCUCAACAGCAGCAACAACAACAACAGCAGCAAUCCGUCAUGUAUCACCAAGCAAAAGAUCUCAUCUCCAUUCAGUCUGGAUUUCUUCAGCAAGCAACCUCCCAUUCUCCUUCUUCCUUGUUUCACACCUCAAACACUUUGGCUGAGGCCCAGUCCCCUCAAGAGGCUCUUUUCCACACACAGAAGACGUCACCCACUCAAGAACAAGUCCAAGCCUCCCUUUUCCAGAACACCAUGAACGUUCUCGACAGGUCCAACUUGACCGCAGAACCGACUAGUAUGUUUCUCUCACAGAAUGCCUUACCUGGUCAGCUUGCAGGAAAUAACAACCAGUCCCAGCAGCUAGCCUUCCUUAACUCUAUGCAGACAUCUGGCCUUGAGCCACAAUCUGUGUUCCAAGCCACCAGCCAGCUGUCCUCCAUUCAACAGAGCACACCCAUGGAACAGCAAUCCCCACAACAGGCCUCACAGACUCCACCAGGCUCUCUGUAUCAGAGUAUCCAACAAGCACCAAAUAGCAAGCACCAGGCUGGGCUGCUCUAUAACUCCCUGAGCUCAGGGAUGUCUCCAGAACAGUCGCCGUCUAGCCUCAUGUUCACUGGUCAGCCUCAGAUGCCUUCAAUGAAUAGCACGAGCCUAAUUUCUCCAGAGCAGCAGAACCCAUCACUGUCCUACCCCCAGAACGGCAUGAUCGCCGUCAGGCAGGAAGUACCAUCCGAGCCCAUGUCCUUCCAAAAUCAGAGCGCUGUUGUGGAUAAUCAGUCUGCAAGUAAGCAACAGCUGUUCCAGGAUCAACAGCCAAUGCAGCUUGCACCAAGGUCAGGCACCGGCUCUCAGCCUUCUGUGAAUCUCUUUAUAGCCCAGUCUGACAUGCCGAGAAUGCCACAUGCGUCACAGCAUGCCUCACAGGAGGUGCUUUUUGCUGUACAGAGCAGUGUGGCUGGACUUCAGACCACCACUUCGUCUCCGGUACAGCAACCCGGAUCCCUGUUCCAGACCUCAGUGAAUGGAAGCCCCAACCAGAACCAGCAACCUAACCUCUUCCUUUACGAAAUACAGAAUGAUUGCGGUCAGAUGAUGGACUCCCAAGGAAGCGCACUCUCAGACCAGAGAGAGAACGAAGGGACGAUUCAUUCCUUACUCAACUCGUCGAUGGGCGAAUCCGGAAAUGUACCGAAUUCCCUCACCACCUCCCAGAACAUGGAGAAGCUCGACGACCUCCUCGUCAGCCUUCAGGAGCAAAGCAACAGCCUCUCUCGCUCAUACUAGGACCUUACAGGCCCUGCAGGCAUAUAGAAAACGGCGGAGGAAUCGCGAUAACCGUGACGUCUGCUGUGUGAAUGUACAGUUUUGUUAUUUGUGAGUUUAAACACUUUGAAUGUCACGGAGCUUGUCGUGUUUGUCUUUAGAUGCAAAUGAAGCCUAUCUUAUAAUAGAAGCACUUUUUGUGUGUGUGUGUGUGUGUGUGUGUGUGUAAUUGCAUCAGCAACUCAGUACACAAAUAUUUCUAUGUGCACCUGUGACUGAUGCAAUACAAAAACAACCCUAACUUUUAUCUUAAUCAAAUAAUGAAAGAAAUGUGUUAAAUAUAUAUAUAUAUAUAUAAAUUUUAAACAGUUUGUUUUUUGUGCCCCGGUAUCACUUUUGCAUUUUUUUUUUUGCUUUCAGUCUAAAUUUAUGUGACUGGUUGGUAAUUUGUCCUUUUUCUGGUUAUGUUCAAAUGUUCGUUCUCUCUUCAUACUCACAAACAUGUCUUGAAAAACAACGUAUCCAUUUGUGCGUCACAAUGAGAAAUGACUCAUUUAUAAAUUCUAAAAUACGGACAUAUCUCGCUAACUCGCGCUCCGUGCUGUAUUUGAUUGUUUAUAGGCGUCUGGAACGCUGACGAUAAGCCGUAAAACUUUAUCGCCCUGUUCGUUACCGUUUCGUGGUGUCCUUUUCAUUUUUUUCAAUGACGUUCUUGCCACAUUCAAGGAGGACACGACAUUUUAUUACGCAUUUAACCUUGUUAUCCUUGUAAAUACAACUUUUACAGCAGAAUAUUAUCGUUCAGGGUAGCAGAGGAGCAGUCAAGGCCUCGAAUGCAGGUCUCUGGAUAAGGUGGCGCUUUUUACACUGAAAAAUCUGGCCAGUUUUAUGGCUCGGAGGGUUGAUGGGGGGGGGGGGGGGGGGGGUAAGGCUGCUAUCUCAUGAAUGAACGUCGAAUAUCAUGCAAGUUUACUGCCAAGCUUGUUGUAAAGCUGCCAAUUUUUUUUUUUCUUUUACAGAGAUAUCUGGCUUGUGAGUCAGAAGGCAGGAUGUGUUUUCUUUUUUUCUAUUAAUAUAUUAAAGUGUGAUAUUAAAGUGUAUUCGCUCAUUUGAGCUUUUACUCAGAUAAUUACCGCCGGAUUGCUUCUUUUUAGGACUUUUUAUUGCUAGUUUUGAAUAGUGACUAUUCAGACCUCUGUUUAGGUGGAGGAGUGAUCUUUUAGAUCUUUAAAGGAGCCCUGUGUUAGGGGAAGAGCUGUCUGUGAUUGGCCUUCAUCUCUGUACAGGACAGAUUAACAAUCAAUUAAUUGUUUGUUUCUGUCAUUAAAUAUUUAUGUGGAUAUAUAUAUAUAUAUAACCAGAUUUUCUCUAUUGCCAGAUUUGGGAAAACUCGUAUCUUGUGUAAUUUAUAUCUCCGAAAACAUUUUCAAAUGGGAGAAAAAGAAAAUGGUGUCUGUUGAAUUUGUUUUUAAAAUCUAAAAAGUAAAAUCUAAAUGUGACCGUCUAUCAUAAGUAAGAUGUAAGUUGUUUGGUUUCGAAUUUUUAUUUCCAUAUAAUGAAUUUUAUUUCCAUCAGAUUUUUUGCUUGUACAAGCUUUCUGAAAGCUUUAUUGCUAACGGUUUCGAGAACAGAUUUAACUGCUGUAUAGAAAUGGAUAUCGUGGGACUUUUAUAAACAAAUUUUUUUUAACAAAAUAUAACAUUUUAAACACAAUAUAACAUUCAUGACCUCAUCUGACUUUGGACCAAUCAUAUCUUUUCCUCUGUGAGAUAUAUAUAUAUAUAUAUAUAUAUAUAUAUAUAUAUAUAUAUAUAUAUAUAUAUAUAUAUAUAUAUAUAUAUCUUCAGUGCCCUCCACUAAUAUUGGCACCCUUGGUAAAUAGGCACAAAGAAGGCUGUGAAAAAUUAUCUUUAUUGUUUAACCUUUUGAUCUUUUGUUCAAAGAUAUUCUGCUCUCAUGGAUAUCAUACAAUUGUAAACACAACACAGGUUUAUAAAAAAAAUGUAAAUUUGUUAAAUAUAGGUGUGCAACAAUUAUUGGCACCCAUUUAGUCAAUACUUUGUGUCAAUACCUCCCUUUACCAAGAUAACAGCUCUGAGUCUUCUCCUAUAACGCCUGAUGAGGUUGGAGAAUACAUGGCGAUCGAUCUGAGACCGUUCCUCCAUACAGAAUCUCUCCAGAUCCUUCACAUUUCGAAAUCCACGCUGGUGGACUCUCCUCUUCAGUUCUAUGGGGUUCAGGUCAGGGGAGUGUGAUGGACAUGGCAGGACCUUGAUGUUGUGGUCAGUAAACCAUUUUUGUGUUGAUUUUGAUGUAUGUUUUGGAUCAUUGUCCUGCUGGAAGAUCCGACCACAGCCCAUUUGAAUCUUUCUGGCAGAGGCAGUCAGGUUUUCAUUUAAUAUCUGUUGAUAUUUGAUCAGAGUCCAUGAUGCCAUGUAUCCUAACAAAAUGUCAGGUCCUCUGGCAGAAAAACAGCCCCAGAACAUUAAAGAUCCACCUCCAUAUUUAACCGUGGACAUGAGGUACUUCUCCACAUGGCUACCGCUCUGUGUACCAAAACCACCUCUGGUGUUUAUUACCAAAAAGCUCUAUUUUGGUUUCAUCUGACCAUAGAACCCGAUCCCAUUUGAAGUUCCAGUAGUGUCUGGAAACUGAACACGCUUGAGUUUGUUUUUGGAUGAGAGUAGAGGCUUUUUUCUUGAAACCCUUCUAAGGGAAUUUGUAAACCCCUGUGAAACAGGAAGUCAUGGUUCAACAAUUUCCUGUUCCUUGUCACCCAGGUGUAAUAAAAACUGUAAAAUAUCAAUGGGAAUAUACUUCAAAUAUAUUUUUCUCAUAUGAAUUCAUAGGGGUGGCAAUAAUUGUUGCACACUUAUAUUUAACAAAGAUUUUUAUUUUAUUUUUUGGUAAAGCUGUGUUGUUUGCAAUUGUUUGAUAUCCAUGAGAGCAGAGUAUUUUUGUGAAUUCUUUGAUCAAAAGGUUAAACAGUAGACAAUUUUUCACAUCCUUCUUUGCUCCUAUUUACCAAGGGUGCCAAUAUUAUAUAUAUAAAUAUAUAGAGAUAUAGAUAUCAUACUGUAUAGAUAAAGCUAUUCAGUACAUGUUCACCUUUAUUCAGAAUAUCUUCAGUCCAAAUUUCACUUCAAGCAGCUAUGCAGUUAAACUCCGUACUCACAAUGUUUAUUUUUAAAUUAUUUCUUCCUUAUGUAUUCAACUUUCUUUUUUUAACAGUUGGGAACCUAUAGCUUUGUUUGUUUGUUUGUUUGUUUGUUUGUUUUGAAUUUGUGCUUUACUUUACGAUAGUUGUUGUGAUAUUGUGGUUGUAUGUUCCUACUCAAGGAGAAAAGAAAAGCUCAGAAAUAACACAGUUCUCAACAGCCCAGUUCCCACAGUGUCACUGCGAUCUGUAUGAUAUGAAAUGGUUUGUUAGAAUUAACCUACAUGCGAUGUGUAGUGAGAGCCAGCCCAGUGCGUGUUGGGGGUAAAUCUGCUUUGUUAAAUGCAGUCUACAUAAAUAUUUUGUUCACCUUUUUCAUCAUUUAUGCAUUUGUCGUCUUGUAUUUUUUCUGUAAGCUUGAUCUUAUCAAUAAAUAUUAUUGGUAAAAUUGA